GACAGGUUUAUUUCACAAGAAAUUACUAUCCACCUACUUCACCUUUCCAGGCUCCUCCCACUAGAUCACCUCUUAUAAGGCUCUCCAGAGAAGUCAGUUCAUUGUGAAGGAUCAUCCUAGCUGAGGUUGUGUCUCAAGGAAAACCUGGCAGAAGAUAUAAAGAUGGCAGCUGCAAAAGACUGUCAAGAAGUGGCCUGUUCCCCAGAAGAAAAUUGUAAACUUAAUCCCAAUUUUAUUGACAAUAUGGAGCCAGAAUUUAGAGAAGAUGAAUGCUGCUUAAAUUGUGAAGCAAUACUCAAAUACUCUGUCCCCAUGUGUAUCAACUUAAAGAAUUCAAAUGAAAAGAUUUCCUUCUUCAAUCAAGAGGAAGAAGUGGUCAUAUUUGAAGAGAUGAUGAAUAAUGAGAAGAGAGAAAAUGCACCCUGGACUCAAUUUAUGCUGCAGAGGUAUUAUUGCAGUGGCCCAAGAUCCUUGGUGGCCUUCUCUGUGAAGACUGAAAAUGAGAAUUAUAUUCUCUCUUGCAAAAAUCAUCAAGAACUUCAUUUUAAGUAUGGUGAUUUUCCAUACGAGAUUGAAGACAAAGAUGAAGAUAUUUUGUUCUGGCAAAGUAAAGUUAUAGGUUAUGAAAAGGUAGAAUUCGAGUCAUUCUUAUACCCAGAACACUAUCUGGCAUGGGAGAAAAUUCAGGACAAAUUUGAGAUGCUAGUUUUAAAGGAAAAGCUUGACGGUGUGGAAAUGUCUACAAUAUUCACUUGUAUACUUUGUGAAAAAAACGAAAACUAUGAGAAGUGUGAGAAAUGAGUAUUUUUUCUUGUAUUUAAUAACUAAUUAAUGAAUCAGAAACAAGGUUUUUCCACUUUUUGACAUCCUCAUCCAGAAGACAUCCAGUAUGGGAACUAUCUCUUAAAGAUUUACCUAGAUCAAGAUCUAAUCAGAUAAUAUAAAAAUUCUAAGUUGGGACUAAUGGAUAUAUUCCUUCUCAAUUAUGUUUGCUCUGACAGAUCUGAGAAAAUGUGUUUUCUCCCUUUUGUCAGACAGGUGAUAUGAAAAUGGAUAAGUUUCUUUGACCAAGAUUUGGGAGGCCCAAGUCACAUAUCCCAAGACCCUCAUUUUAAUAUAGCUAACCUCCCAUUGUGUUAACCAAUCAGAAUUGAUUGGUACCCUUCAGGAACAUCUACUCUUCAAAGGAUAAAUAUAAACUGUGAGCUUACUACCAUGAGGGGUUUUAGGUUUAGCAAAUAUGUAUCUAUUUAUUAGUAAGCAUUCUGGCCUCAUUAAUAAAAUGA